AAAUCUAUUCAAAAUGGCCAAAGCUAAGGGUAAGGGUGGUAAAAACAGAAGAAGAGGUAAGAAUGACAACUACAACCAGAAACGUGAGUUGAUCUUCAAAGACGAACAGCAAGAGUACGCGCAAAUCACCAAGAUGUUGGGUAACGGCCGUGUUGAAGCUUCGUGCUUUGACGGGAUCAAGCGUAUGGCCCACAUCAGAGGCAAGUUGAGAAAGAAAGUCUGGAUGGCUCAGGGUGACAUCAUCUUGUGCUCCUUGAGAGACUUCCAGGACGACCAGUGUGACGUUGUGCACAAGUACAACUCCGACGAGGCCAGAGCCUUGAAGUCCGCCGGUGAGUUGCCAGAGAGCGCCAAGAUCAACGAAACCGACACCUUUGGUCACGAUGACGAGGACGAGGUCAAUUUCGAGUUCGGUGCUGAUGACAGCAGUGAUGACAACGAGGAGUUGGACAUUGACGAUAUCUAAAUGGGUCAGGUGGCAACGAAGUCUGUUGCUUGGAAUAUUUAUUUUUUUCCUGGGUGUAA